AUGGACCGGCGGUGGAGCCCGCCGGAGGGGGAACGGGUGUGUGACUCCGCCCCUCCGCUCUCUGUUCACACACACUGUUGCAGUGACACAGCGGCUGGUUCCAUUAGUCUCACGUCACGAAGCUCGACCACACACUCACUCGGUUCAUCUUCACCCGCGGGACCGACGCCAUGUGUGAGCGCUGAGAGCCGCCGAGGCCCCGGGACGAGCUUCACAGGUAACAUGAUGGAGGUGGCAGGUCCCUGGACAGAAGUGUUUGGGGGCUCGGAGAGGACGGACGUGUCCGACGGAGCAGAGGCGCUGACGCUGGCUCCUCUGGUCGACGACUCGCCCUCGGUCCGCCGCUCCCAGCCCAUCCUCAUCACCUCCAACAGGGGGAAACGAGUGGAGUCGUUCUCUUCGUCCGUCCCGUCCAUCAUACCCAACCCCUUCCCUGAGCUGUGCAGCCCCUCCAAGUCGCCCACGCUCAUUAGUUCACUUCCACCGACGUCGAGCGCCAAACACCUGUUGAAGGUCUACGGGGAGGACAGGCACAGCCGGUCGGUGUGGGUCUCGCCCGGCGCCACCGCCCGAGAGGUGUGUCACACGCUGGUCCAGACGGCGCACUGCAGCGACCAGGAGAACUGGGCCCUGCUCGAGCUCCACCCGACCCUCGGCCUCGAGAGGUGUCUGGAGGACCACGAGGUGGUGCUGGAGGUUCAGGCCACCUGGUCUCUGAAGGGCGACACCAGGCUCGUCUUCUGCAAAAACUACGCCAAGUACGAGUUCUUCAGGAAGCCAGUGCUCUUCUUCCCUGAGAGCAUGAUCUCCGACAGCGCAGACGUCAGCAAGGGGAUGACGUCAUCCGAGCUCAUUCAGAACCUGCUGAGGUCCGGGACGUGUCCAGAGAUCCAGGGCUUCCUGCAGGUGAAGGAAUCCAGUCGAAAGUCCUGGAAGAAGGUUUACUUCUUCCUGCGGCGCUCCGGACUCUACUGCUCCACCAAAGGCUCGUCCAAGGAGCCUCGGCACCUGCAGUACGUGGCCGACCUGGAGGACUUGAACGUGUACACGGUGGUGAACAGCCGCAAACUGUACGGAGCGCCGGCCGACUUCACCUUCUGCAUCAAGCCGUCCAGAAACCCCGUCCGAGCUCAGGACCUGAAGAUCCUGUGCGCAGAGAGCGAGCAGACACGAACAUGUUGGACGUCUGCUUUCAGAUUGUUCAAGUACGGGAAGCAGCUUCAGUGUAACUACCAGUUGUCCAAGUCGUCUCCACGAAUCCUGGAAGGAAAAUCAAAGUCGGAGGACAGCCUGGUGGCCAUGGACUUCUCAGGGAAGACCGGAGGACGGGUCAUCCAGAACCCGACGGAGGCCGAGAACGCGGAGAGGGAGGAAGGACAAGCUUGGAGGAGGAGAGAAGCUCUGAGGUGCAGUCUGCCCAACCUCAACCCUGGUGCCAGACCUUCCUCCAUCCACAGGUCGCAGCCCUGGUUCCAUGGCGGCGUGUCCAGAAAAGAAGCCCAGAGACUGAUCGAGAAGCAGGGGCUGGUCGACGGGAUGUUCCUGGUCCGGGACAGUCAGCAACACGCUCAGUGCUUCGUCCUGUCGCUGUGCUUCCAGCUGAAGACCAAACACUACCUGAUGAUCCCCUUUGAGGACGGCGGCAGGAAGUACUUCACCAUGGACGACGGCCUGACGCUCUUCAUCGACCUCCUGCAGCUGGUGGAGUUCCACCAGAUCAACCGGGGCAUCCUGCCCGUCUGCCUCAAACACCCCUGCGUCUGCGUAGCACUUUAAACCCCCCGACUCCUCCUCCUCCUCCUCCUCCUCACUGACGCUCCUUUAAAUUCAAGUCAAGUUGGUCGAUUAAGAGCAAUUACGCGACUAAUCACUGGAGUUCGGAGGUUUUCGCGGCGGCGUGGACUCGUGUGACGUGGAGCAUAUUGUCCGCCGCCUCCUCUCUCUAAUAUUUUUUUAAUUAUCCUCCUCGACGUGUGCGUGUGUGCGUGCGUGUGUGCGGCUCCAGACGAUUUUUAUUUUUAAUUGAAGAGCCGUCGUCCCGGCGGAGGCGCCUCCAUUAGCGAAGCACGACAGACUUUUUAGCGCCUCGGGGACGUUUCGCAGAACGAGCACUUUUUUUAAUAAGGUGCACUUUGAUCCGCUCACCGUGACGGAGGGGGAAGCUCGUUGUGGCCAGUAGAGGGCGCUGUGAGUCAAAAGCUCAACAAUGUGUGUUUUUGAUAUUAAUAUCGUGAUUUUUUAAAGAAUCGUGAAAAUGCCCCCAGGUUUGCGAUCAUGUAGCACGUGAAACUGAUAUUUUUGUACGUUCAUUUCUCAUUGUGCCUUUAAAAAACGGUCUCAUAUUAUAUUUUAUACAGAACAAAGGUUUUGCGUACGACACCGUAACUCUGAUGACUCGAAGGUGAAACGACGCCGCGUCGUACGUUAAAAGCUGCAACGUCAGGCGCCGUUAACACGUUGUAUGAAACUUCCCGUCGGUUUCGAGCUCCACAAUUCCAAAAUGAAAAAAAUCUAACAGCGGAGGAAGACCAUGCGAUGGGGUUAAAGCUCAGGGAAACAGACACUGUCCUACAUGGACCUUUAAGUUAAGACUUUUACUUGUCUCUUUAUUUCUGAAAAGUUUCCAGGAGACUAACUAUCGGGAACAAAACACGCAGACGUUGAUGUUUUACUAAAUUAUAACUUAAUAAUUUUUUUUCAUGUGUUUACAUCGAGCUGCUCAAAGUUUUUUCCCGGUAACUUCUCAGAGAUGAUUGGAAAAUGACUCGCCUGUAAAAUAAUGUUUCUGAUUUGUUUGUUUUUUCAGUUUGGUGUGAAACUUUUUUUUUUUCUUUUACCUUCAAUAAUGUUGCACUUAUUGUUCCACUUUUUAUCAAGAAGAAACACAACUAUUGUCAGUUUUGGUUCAGUCCAAAUGGCCAGUUUACGCUUUUGCCACAAUUUUUUUUUUUUAUCAAACGGGUUGUGUUCGUUUUACGUAUCCUCAGAUGUUUCGUACCUGUUUUAAAAGUUGAAUAAAUAAUUUCAUAUUAAACAAAUUUUCCUAAA